GGAGGUGGAGCCGAACCUCCGAGGCCCUGAGAUAGUCACCAUGGGGGAGAACGACCCGCCCGCGGCCGAAGCCCCCUUCUCCUUCCGCUCGCUUUUCGGCCUUGACGACUUGAAGAUAAGUCCGGUUGUGCCAGAUGCAGACGAAGUCGCCGCGCAGAUCCUGUCGCUGCUGCCUCUCAAGUUCUUCCCCAUCAUUGUCAUCGGGGUCAUCGCGUUGAUCCUGGCGCUGGCCAUCGGCCUGGGCGUCCACUUCGACUGCUCCGGGAAGUACCGGUGCCGUUCGUCUUUCAAGUGUGUCGAGCUGACGGCCCGGUGCGACGGGGUCUCAGACUGCAGAGACGGGGAGGACGAGUACCGGUGUGUCCGCGUGAGCGGCCAGAGCGCCGUGCUCCAGGUGUUCGCGGCUGCCUCGUGGAGGACCGUGUGCGCCGAUGACUGGAAAGGCCAGUACGCGGAAGUUGCCUGCGGCCAGCUGGGCUUUCCCAGCUACGUCAGCUCCGACAGCCUCCGGGUGAGCUCGGUCGAGGAGCAGUUCCAGGAGGACUUCGUGUCCAUCAACCACCUCUUGCCAGACGACAAGGUGACGGCCCUGCACCACGCCGUGUACGUCAGGGAGGGAUGUGCCUCGGGUCACGUGGUCACCUUGAAGUGCACAGCCUGUGGCCUGCGGACGGGCUACAGCCCGCGCAUCGUGGGUGGGAACACGUCCUGGCCGGCGCAGUGGCCCUGGCAGGUCAGCCUGCAGUUCCAGGGCUACCACCUGUGCGGGGGCUCCGUCAUCACCCCGUUGUGGAUCGUCACCGCGGCACACUGCGUCUACGACCUGUACCUCCCCAAGUCCUGGACCAUCCAGGUGGGGCUCGUGUCCUUGCUGGACAGCCCGGCCCCAUCCCACAUGGUGGAGAAGAUCGUCUACCACAGCAAGUACAAGCCCAAGAGGCUGGGCAAUGACAUCGCGCUCAUGAAGCUGGCCGGGCCGCUCACGUUUGACGAGAUGAUCCAGCCCGUCUGCCUGCCCAACUCGGAGGAGAACUUUCCAGACGGGAAGUUGUGCUGGACGUCGGGAUGGGGUGCCACCGAGGACGGAGCAGGCGACGCCUCCCCCGUCCUGAACCACGCGGCCGUCCCUCUGAUUUCCAACAAGAUCUGCAACCACAGGGAGGUGUACGGCGGCAUCAUCUCCCCGUCCAUGCUCUGCGCGGGCUACCUGAAGGGCGGCGUAGACAGCUGCCAGGGGGACAGCGGGGGGCCCCUGGUGUGCCAGGAGAGGAGGGUGUGGAAGUUGGUGGGAGCGACCAGCUUCGGCAUCGGCUGUGCAGAGGUGAACAAGCCCGGCGUCUACACCCGCAUCACCUCCUUCCUGGACUGGAUCCACGAGCAGAUGGAGAGGGACCUGAAAACUUGAACAGCGAGGGGACAAGCCGCCACCGCGUGUUCCCGCGGUGACAGAGACAGCCUGGCCCUCCCUGGCCCCCGUGUGGGAAUGCGGACGUGAGCAGAUGGCCUCCGUGCUCUGCUCUCUGUUACCCGUGGCAGAGCCGAGGGCAGCUUCCCUCACCCUCCAGGCCCGGCACGGCUGCUUCUGACGCCUGUGAUCUCUCGCCUCGGGCUGAAAUGACCUUGGAGCUCUUUCCCACCUUCGCUGAGAACGGAAGCAGGGCGCCUCCCAGGGGCUGCCCUUCCCAUCCGUCCCCUGGUUUUCUCCACGGGGGCCACGCAACAUUCCCGGCGAGACGUUCGGCAGUCUCAUGCGCAGAGCAACCCACGGCCGCCUGGCAGAGACGCGCCACCCGGAACCACAGGAGUGCGCCACUGUGGACGCAGCCAUCUGCACGUCUCUACCCUGGGGGCCAGGACCAAACCCACAUGUUCUGUUCCCAAGAUCUACUUCUACGUGUGGGGAACUUAAUCUGUGGAUGAUUAGUUGUAAGGUGUAUUAUCAUUAUUUGUCUGUAGCAUUUGGUGCUUGACGUACGUAUCAUUGUCUCUUGCUUCUAAAAAAUGUAUGUGCUCCGGGCUCACCCAUUGAGGGACACUUGUCACCCGUUUGUCAGGCUAGUUUGAACGGAUGCUGAUUGCAUGUGU